AUGAUAAUUAAGCAUAACAGACUUCUAAAUAAUAUUCAUGAGACAGCUCAGAAAUUCGGCGCCAAGGGAGUUUGGGGCUCUGAUGUCACCGAGACUGGUGUAUGCAGACUGGCUCUAUCAGAUGAAGAUAAAGGAGUUCGAGAUUGGUUCGUUGGUGAAGUGACAAAAUUAGGAUGUACGGUCAAAGUUGAUCAGAUUGGAAAUAUAUUUGCUACAUAUCCUGGAAAGACUAACGGGCCGCCCAUAGCCAUUGGGUCACAUCUCGACACUCAGCCGACAGGAGGGCGUUACGACGGAAUCCUAGGAGUUCUAUCAGGAUUGGAGGUAAUUCAAACGCUAAAAGACAAUGAAUAUACUCCUCACAAUCCAAUCUGCGUCAUCAGUUGGACAAACGAAGAGGGCGCUAGAUUUCCCAUGAGUAUGAUGGCAUCCUCAGUCUGGGCCGGUAAUGUUGAAUUACCAAAGGCCUAUAGCUUGAAAUCAGUUUUGGAACCACUUGAUGUUACUGUUAAAAAAGAGCUUCAGCGUAUCGGGUAUCUUGGCGCAGUGCCUGCCUCAUACAAAGAAAACCCCUUAGCGGCCCAUUUCGAACUCCACAUUGAGCAGGGUCCGAUCCUGGAAAACCUCAACAAAAAAAUCGGAGUCCUAUCAGGUGUACAAGCACUAAGAUGGAUAAAAGUUACUGUUGGUGGACGCGCCCAACAUACUGGUACCACGCCUUUCAACCUGAGAAAAGAUCCGCUAUUGGCAGCCUCAAAAAUGAUGGUUGUCGCAAAUGAGAUUGCACAAAGCAAAGGUGGUUUGGCAUCAGUUGGUAUUCUUAAUCUAGAGCCGGGUAGCGUGAAUGUAAUUCCAGAGAAAGUAACCUUCACUUUGGAUAUUAGACAUAAUCUAGACGAUAAACUUGCAGACAUUGAACGUGAAUGCAAGCAGAAAUUCGCAAAAAUCGCAGAAGAGGGUAACGGUACGUCAACAAAAGAAUCACUAACAAUUGAAUUUGAAAACUUGUAUGAUUCUCCAGCAGUGCACUUUAAUGAGAAUACUAUCGCCUCUGUUAGGCAAGCCGCCGUGGAAACCGUCGGUGAAAGCAAUCUCAUGGAUAUUGUAUCAGGGGCAGGUCAUGACUCUUGUAAUACUAGCAGAGUAGUUCCUACAUCCAUGAUAUUUGUACCAAGUAAAGACGGUAUCAGCCACAAUCCUACAGAAUAUACUAAACCUGAUGAGAUUGCUGAUGGAUGUCAAGUACUAUUAGGUGCUGUUCUGAAUUAUGACAAAUUCCUUCAGUCUUCUUCUAAGAAUACCUGA